AUGGCGUCUGCGGGGGGCGGCUCCCUGGGCCUCCUGGCCUGGCUCCUGGUCCUUCAGGCACGGCUCGCUCAGGCCCCGGCGGGCUGGCGGACACCUGUCUCUUCCUCUCCUUCCCCCUCCUGGGGCGGCGGCGGCGAGGAGCCUGCGGCGGCUCAGGGGUCUCCGAAGGCCUCCGGGUCCUCGGCCUCCGGGUCCUCGGCCUCCGGGCCCUCGGCCUCCGGACCGUCUUUGUACGCCUUCACCCCAGUGUGUGGCAAUAGCUUCCUGAAAAUCUUGGGAGGAGCGGAUGCGCAGGAAGGGAGGUGGCCCUGGCAGGUGAGCUUGAGGAUCAACAACAGGCACGUCUGCGGAGGCUCGCUCAUCCUGGCGCAGUGGGUGCUGACCGCGGCCCACUGCAUUUUAAGCCGUUUCCAUUACAGUGUCAAGAUGGGAGAUGUCAGUGUCUAUACUAGAAACACAAGUCUGAUCAUUCCUGUGGAAAACAUCAUCGUCUACCCUGAAUUCAGAACAUUGAGAACUGUUCAAAAUGACCUUGCACUUCUCCACCUCCUCUACCCUGUGAAUUUUACUUCAAACAUCCAGCCUAUCUGCAUCCCUCAGCAAACUUUCCAGGUGGAAGCUGGGACCAGGUGCUGGGUGACUGGAUGGGGCAAACUAAAAGAAAGCGUGGAAUCUGUUCCAUCAGAAACUCUCCAGGAGGUGGAGCAAUACAUCAUCCUCUAUAAAAAAUGUAAUGAGAUGAUUCGGUCCUACAUGCCAUCGACUACGGAAUUAGUACUAGAAGGAAUGAUCUGUGGCUAUAAUCAAAAGGGAAAGGAUGCUUGUCAGGGAGAUUCUGGAGGCCCCAUGGUCUGUGAAUAUAAUGCCACAUGGAUCCAAGUGGGGAUUGUGAGCUGGGGUGUCGGCUGUGGUCGUGAAGGAAUACCUGGAGUUUACACAGCAACUAGUCCCUAUAGUAAGUGGAUGGUUGCAGUGGUGAACCAGGCUACCUCUUUGUAUUCAGUGGUGUUCCUCAUUUUACUCCUGUGCUUUGUGCAGCCACUGGGCAUCCUGGUGAUGCCAUGA